AUGGAGUUUUCGGUGGACGUUCCGCCACAAAGUCUUUGUAGCAGUGGAAAUGGGCGGUUCCUUGGAAUCGGAUGCGUUGACGGAACUGUUCAAUUCGGCGACGUUUCACAGGGAUCAUUCGAUGUUCGUCUUCUUCUAAUAACAUUUCAUCUUAUUCAUUCAAUUGCUCAGGAGCAAUGGAAAUUCCAAACAAACUCCAGUAUCCGCGGUGUAGCUUAUAACGAGCAGCUCCUGGAAAUUUACGCGAUUGGAAAAAACAAAUCCAUAUCAGUUUUUGACGUCGAGACCGGUAAACGGUUCGUUUUCUUUGUGAGUUACAAUUAUUUGUCACUUCUGACUCCGAAAUUAGAAAAUAAAAUUUUAGUUUUCAUGAUUUCAACGGUCGACCAACUAGAACGGCGUGAUUUUGAGGAAAAAAAGGAAAUAUUCAAAUUUCUUUUCACGAAUUUUUUUUAAAGCUUUGCUAAAACUUCGAGGAUGUCCAUCUAGAUAAACUUUGAAUCACAAAAUGAGUGGAUUUUAUUCCUCAACAAUCAAUAUUCAAUUUGAAAGUAUCGAGGGAAAAGUAUUGCUUUGCAACUUUCCGUAGACUGUCUUCAUUCAGAAAACGUUGCCUGGUACGAAGACACGAAAAUACGCCGUGCAGUUUGAGAUAUCUGCCGCCUAUGGCUUUGCAUGGCCAGCAACUUGCGACUGGCGAUGAAAGUGGCUCGGUCCGUCUUUUUUUUAAUCAGAAACAUACCUUUCUUUCGAUAAAUAUCAAAACAAAUUUCAUUCUACAGAUCCGCACUUGGGACUUCCGAGCCACUUCUCCCCAGGUUUCAGAUUUUCAAGAACAAGAGGAGGUUCCUGAAUAUUCCUUAUUUCUGAGAAUGCUUCUAUUUCUAAUAGGACAUCAACGACCUCGCCUACGAUUCAAAGCACAAUUUGUUGUCCGCAUCUUCCGACGGCUCCUUAGUCGCUUUUGAUGUAUAUCACAUAUGUUAACACGAAGUUCAUGCUCAGUUUGGAGAUUCGAAAAAAGAAGAAACGGGUGAAAAGUGAGACGAUGCACUCGGAACUCCUCAGCAUCUGCACUACAGAUAAGUUCGUGAUUUUGUGAAGCUAUUUCAAAAAGUUCUCUUUUUCAGUUAUGUUUAUGUUGGCGGCGGCGAUGGUUUUAUCGAAGUUUUCACUACAGGGGAGUAUGGAAACUUGUUGAAAAGAAUCGAAAGUGGCUUCGAGUUGGUGAGAUUGCUUUUCCGUGAAAAAUUUGGAAGUGUUAAGAAUAUCUAGAAUCUGUAUUAUUAUAGAAUUUUCUUGAUUUCCAGUUCUAAUAUUCAAUUUUUUUACUUUCUUUUUUUAUAUUUUUCAUUUUUCUGUAAAUUAUUUCUUCCCCACCAUUUAUUCUCUAGAUUUUUUUAUUUUUUUCAAUACGACUUGCGGUUUUCAAAUAUUAACUUCGAAAUAUGGCUAAGUGUUCUGAAUUUUUCAUCCUGAACCGGCUCUGAUUCUGAAAAGAACGGAAAUAUUGGCUGAUAAAAUAAAUCACCAAUUAGAAAUUUUUGUUCAGCUGAUUAUGGCCUUUUUUUCUUCUGAGUAAAAAAAUUUAUAAUAUUUUUUUAGGGUGUUGCUGGGAUUGUAGAGCUUCGAAAAGGCUUACUAUUGACGUCUAGCUCGACAGAUAACAAACUCAGGUUUUUUUCGGAGUUUUUGGCCAUAUUUAGUUUUUUAGAGUUCUCAACGUGAUGCCGACCAAGCGACUUGGGACUAUUGGGGUGCAUGGCGAGGACAGUGACGGAAUUGACUUAAUUUGUGUUCGUUCAUAUUUUCUUCAAAUUAUGUGGGAAUACCAAAGUUUUUCUCAACUCAAAUGAUGGAAAAUUUAGAAAAUAUCCGUUUAGGCUGGUUUAGAGUUGUAUAAGAUGCACAAUUUUUAAUUAUUUUGAAAAUGGUCGAGAAAUGAACUUUUCUUGUUUUUUCGUUAUUAAAGCUUCUCAUAAGUCCAAAAAACCUAUGUGACGGAGAAACUGUGAUAUUGAAAAACUGGCAUCAAAUCGUCCAGAAUCACAUUCGGAGAAAUUUUUUUCCUGAUGAGAAUAAAAAUUUGAGAGACCUCUUUAAGAGUUUGAAAGUUGAGAGAUUUUGAAUUCGAAGGGAUACUAUAGCCUAUUCCGCGCCAGCUUGUCACGUUUUUCUUUCCGCCAAAAAGACCGUAUACCAAAUUAGAUCAAAUUUCUGCUUUUAUAACGGCAAGAAACAAAGGUCUUGAAGCGAAAGUUAGUUAAAUUUGACCUGGCCUUUUGGCGGAAAAAAAAACGUGACAAGCCGGCGCGGAAUGGCCUAUAACCAUAGUUUUAAAGAUAUAAACUUAUAGCACUGAAAUCUCUGAACAUUCUUUUUUGAUUUGAUUUAUUGCAGAUCAGCGAAGAUCGCUCCACAUUGUUCAGCGCCGUCUCAUUGGAAGCAUCUGUUAAGAUUUGGUCUUUGCCGGAAAUUGUCGAUAAGUUCCCGAUUCUUCGAGAUGUCGAUGCAAAAAGAAAGAAGGACAAACCGGACGGAGGGUUCAUUUUCCCCCUUUUUUUUUGAUCAUUUUCAUUUCCUCGUUUCAGAUUUUUCGAAGAUUUGCUGGAAAAGGAAACGCCGAAGAAGCUGAAAAAGAAGAGGCGAAAGGACUAA